GCUGCCGAAGUCUUAGGUUUAAGAGAUCAGAAGGAGAACGUGCUCCUCAACGUUACGUAUUUAAAGAAAUUUACUUGCCAAUGGGGGAGGAGCUCAUGACUCAUGACUGCAGAUAUGAGUGCCUCAUCGAGAGCAAUUGUUUGUCUGUGAACAUCGGCCCACCAAACAAGACAGGCCUCAGGCUCUGCCAACUGAGUAAUUUUGACCACGCCCAACAUCGUGAAGAUAAAGAAAUAAGAAAAGGUUUUAUUCUCUGGGCCUCUGAGAAUUCGUGCACCAGUAAUCCCUGCCUCCAUGAUUCCACCUGUCUCAAUGGAUAUACCGACAAGAGAUACAUUUGUCUGUGUCCAGAUAAUUACACGGGAGAAAACUGUGAAAAAGCAUUCAAAGCCGUGUUCUCAAAUCUCAAUGCCACUGGAAGAUGUGGUCCAACAUCGCUCGGAAGUUACUACGCAGGUAAGGAUCAUGACAGACAAGUUGCUCUGUCCAGCGGUAUUCAACAGUGGACUGUGCCGCACACUGGUGAUUACAGAAUAGAAGCAAUAGGGGCAGCUGGAGGGUACGAUCCACGGAUUAACAGCCCUCAGUAUCGCGGAAGAGGAGCAAGAAUGAUUGGAACAUUCCGCUUAAACAAAGGUGAAGUCAUCCAGGUACUUGUAGGUCAAGAAGGAGGAAUAAACAAGAGGUCUUAUUCUUCUGGAGGUGGUGGAGGUACAUUUGUAGUGAGAGGAGCCAACACACCUUUGAUAAUAGCUGGAGGAGGAGGAGGGGUACAACGUGUAUUUUCAAGACAUACAGAAUGUGACGCCAGCUCAAACACGACAGGGAAUCCUGGGAACAGAUCAUGGGCAGGGGGGAGCAAUGGACAUGGUGCACAGACUGCUGAUUAUAGACGAUCAGGUGGUGGUGGUGGCGGGUUUUACUCCAGUGGAAGAAGUGGAAUCAAUUUCAAUGGGACCGAGGGAGAUGGUGGCGAGGGUGGUAAGGGAUUUCUGCAGGGAGGGGUGGGUGGGAGAUCAGAGUAUUUCGACAUCUAUGGUGGGUUUGGCGGAGGAGGUGGAGCUGAGGGACGGUCGGAAGGAGGAGGAGGAGGAGGAGGAUACUCUGGGGGAGGCAGUGGGAAAAGAUCUGGAGAUACCUGUGGGGGUGGUGGUGGAUCCUACAAUGUUGGAAACAAUCAGCAGAAUGAAUGUUGUUACAACAACGCUGGCCAUGGUCAGGUGACCAUCACACUACUGUAGAAAAAACAACCGAAACGCUUGCCAUCCAAUGCAUAGGUGAUUUUAAUCCUUUAAAUCUCAAGAUCUCAUUAGUAAUUCUCAUUACUGUCUGCCAAAUGAUUCUCAUUAUGUUAGCUUGGAGAAUUUGAUAUCAGAUCAAUUAGUAAUCCCACAAUUUAUAUUUUUCUUUAUUCUCAUCACUUGUCUGCAUGAUAUUGUAUGGAUAUAGUAAGGAGAAAUUCUGUCUUGGUCACUCAUGGGAGUUAAAGGGUUAAUAGAGAUUAGA